GCGACACAUCAAAGUAGGCGCAGAGAAAUAUCAGCACACACAAACACACGGGCCAGCACGUGCACUCGUGUGUGGUGUGGUGUCGAUCGGAUCGAUGCGAUGCGAUGUUUUCGUGACGUCAUGCGACAAAUGCCCUCGACGGACGGCUCCGUAGUGGUGAUUUUCGAACAGCACUCAUCGAAUACAGAAAAUUUCGCUUUCUAUCGGAGGGCGACCGCCAGCUCGGCGAUGUUCGGUGCGACGACGUUCACGUUCGUCAGUAUUGUGCGGGCAAUGAAACAGUUAACUUAUGUUAUGUAAAGUACGCGCUAGCCAGAUGCCAGAGAGGGCAUAGCGAUAUUCGUCGGUGUGUGACCUAAUCAGCCAUCAUCAUCAGCAUCAUCAUCAAUAGCAGUGGCAGCAAGUCCCACUUGGGUUGUGUCUUCGCACUCCGUACGCAGGGAAGAAGAGUGGUGACCUCUUGCUCGUCGAAUGCUACUGAAAUAUUCGUGGCAGUCAGUCAGUGUCUCGUCUGGCAGCAGUCAAGAGGAAAAAUAGUACACACUCGAUGAGUGUAUUUUGUGUGUACAAUUAUCGUGAGCCGUGAAAAAAUAACAGUGGUUGAAAGGGGCCCAUGACAGAAAGUCUGACAGAUCGCGCAAGUGAGCGCAGCGAAAAAAAGAAAAUGGAUUACGGGAGUGCUUGAAUGGAGGAAAAAUUUAUAAUUUAGCUAUAUUUUUAUUAUAUGUAGUUUUCACGUUUCUCUCGUAUGUUGUUCACUUCAUUCCGACACACAUACCAGCGGGCGCACGUUUGCACAACAAUGGCUGGCACAUAGCAGCAGAAGAGAUCGCGCAAUGCGCUAGUGUUAGUAAGUCCACCCUGUGGACAAGUGUAUGCGUAGAAGGUCUUCGAUCCACGAAUGUGCUAGUGUUGUACGUCGACGAAGACGACGACGGGUGUUUAUAUGUGCAGUGGAGAAAAGCAGAAAAAAUCGAAUAAGAUUUUGACAGCUCGCCGCUUUUGAUCGAAUAAAAAUAAAAAAAAAAUGCGAGUUUUAUUGAUUAUUUCCACGAUGGAGAUUAAAAUUGGGAGCACAGUGUGAGAGUGUACGGUAUUUCUCAAGAAAUGAAUCUUGGCAGGUCCACCAAGGAAUAAGUAUGUGACACGAAGGCCAUUCAGUGUUAGUGAACAAGUGAGAAGCCAAAGAAAUUGUCUAGCACGAUCCUAGCCAAGAAAGUGUGAAUAAAAUGGUCCCAACAGUGUCUAGCUCGCGGAAGAGAGCUGCACUCAAGUGAAAUCGUUUUACUACUAAUCCUCCUGGUGAGGAUAUUUUCUGUAGUGUUCAGUGAAAUAAAUCGCAGUGUCACAAAAAUGUGCUGGAUAUGACUACAGACGUUAGUCAACAAUGGAGAUUGCUCGGAUUAAACGGCACGAAGGAGUCUCGAACGAGAUCUCCUGCUGCCAAAUCCUUGCCCCUACUCCCUGAUCUAGUCCCAAAUCCUAGCAAAACUACAUCGAAGCAAAAAACUACUCGUAAAACCAAUAAAAACAACAACAAUCUAAAAAAGGUCAACAAAAACCUUGACAAAUCGGUCGCGUCACAGUCAGAAAUCAUCAUAGAUGGAAGCAAGUACAACUUGAAGCCCAUCAUCAAGCUGAAAGCGGUUCCUUGGCCUCAAAACAAUUCCGAUAAGAAACCACAACCGAAGAAGCAUCAGGCAAAAGACAUUUCGAGCGACACUAGUAGGAAAAACAUCACGAAAAACGAUAGCGACGUCGCGAGCGGUGAUAAAAAACGUCGCUCAAGUGGAAAGAGACAGCACUACAAUAUUGUCGCAGCAGGGGAAAACGAUGACGUCGAGACGACCAAGUUGAUACUACGGCGGCGCAACAACACUCCAAAAGGGAAACGUUGCACGACAUUGCUCGCUGCCACUAAUACCAACACACAAACGUCAUCUUCCACUGGUGCAACAAAUUCUCAAAACAAAAACAACAACACGGCAAUGUUAUCGACCAGCAACGAUGGAAUCGACGAGAACAUUCAAAACGUCAAAACUAUCGAUCCCCACAACAAUAACAAGCAACCGAAGCGCAAAAUUAAGCAAGAACCUCAAGAACCGAUGCUCCUUGCAUCGCAAAUCAAGCAAGAACCGAUCGAGGGUCACCGUAAGUCCAGCCGGCGGAGACAGUUUACCGAUCGAAUCAUCGACACCAUGUGUAUUCCGGAAUUCUAUUUCAACGCCAGGUGUCGGAGCAAAACGAAAAAGGCUACCACCAAGAAAAAGAAUCCGGUGGCUAUUGCAGCAGCUGCUGCUGCAGCUGCUUCUUCCGCGACGACCAAAACCAGCAGUCGCACUACGCCGAACAAAAGUAAAACAAAUAAUGCAACCUGUGCCAGAGCCAGCAGUGGUGGAAGAAAACCGAAAGAAGUGACCAUUCCUGCUGCAGAUGAUACUGCUUCAUCUAUUCCGCGAUUGAAUCCGAUUUUUCUGUUUGUGAAACAGGAAGACACCCGGAUCGUUGAGGUCCGCUGCGAAGACUACGACAAGCGAAAUCGUAUACGAAUAACCAAAACUCCCAAUGGCCUGUGGAGGUCAUUCCCACGGACGGACAAGAGUUCGUCGGUGGUAUUUUCUCUGUUGCCCAAAUCGGCAAAAUCGUUGCUGGCUGACGGUGUAUCGAAGACAGGCAUACCAAAGUACAAAAAGCUACACAAAAAGAAAAAGAAGCACAAAAAGGAAAAACGAAAGAAGGGUUUGGAGGAUUCGGUCGAGCAACAGGACGAUGCUGGCGCUUGUUUGGAAGAAGUGCACGAAGAAUUAGAUAAGAACGAGGUCGAGGGUGACGAUGACGUUAUCGACAUAACGCCAUUCGACGACCAGGAGGAGGACAUUAGUUUGAACCUGAAGGAUUUGAGCCAAUCGGAUGUUACUGUUGAAGAUAUUAGUAAUCAAAAUAAUUUAACCGUUAAUAGCAACAAUAUCAGUAGUAAUAGUGAAUGUAAUGCUAAUGAUAGUAGCAUAAAUAUCGCCACUAGCCUAGAGGAAAUCAGUACCAAUAGUAUUAACGCCCACACUAGUAACACAGAUAGCAAUAAAGACGACGGCAGCGACAAUGACGUCGAGCUGAUACAACCGGAGGAAGAGGAAGAGCAUACGGUGAUCAGCGGACACCAUUCCCAGGAAUUAUUGCACCAAGGAACGAACGUAGGUCAAGCAGGUGCAGCAAUCGUAUCCUGGACGGAGGAAUUGGACAACAUCGAGGCACAGAUACCAUCAACCAUCAUCUCGGUGCAAGAACUUCAACGUGUUCGCAGUAGUGCGCAUGCCAAUGGCAACGUCGACCAGCACGCCACAACAACGGCGGCGCUCAAUAAUUUGAUUGCACUAAAUGAACUUGGGUUUAAUCAUCAGGAAAACCACGCGAACGAAUGCAUCGAGAAAACAAUCUCCUAUCAUUUGGAGUCUCUGCAGGCGGUUGCGGUGGCGGCGGCUGCAGCCGCUGCUGCCAGGAGCAACGGCACUAGCACCUCUACAACCGCAACCGAUUCGAGCAAACAUGGCACUAUUGGUGCAUCCUCGGAUGCUGUUGGUGCAGCACCAGCAGCUCCUUCUGCCACCAUCCCGGUGGGUGGUAGUGGCAUCACUAGUGUGAGUGCGAAAGAAGUUGGGGAACAAGGUGGCGAAUCGUUGCACACAUCAACAACUUCCGAUGCACCGACUGUGCAUGAGAUUGACGACGACGGAGACGAAGUGUGCGUUCUGGAGUCGGAUCCAACGCCAGCACAGCAUCAGCACCAGCAAACAAAAGGACGAAAUGAAAAUAUGUGCCUGGAUAGCGCAGUAUACGAAAAUUGUAAGACGGAAUCGGAUUGCAUCCAGAACGCGGAAGUGCAACCACACAUCACAAUCAGUAGUGACAGUGAGCUGGAGGAUGAUGAUCCCAAGCAUCAUCAUCUGAGUGAGUUUAACGAUUGCAGUGACCUAAUCGAGGGAAUUCGUGAAAUCCAGUCCGCCAAUCCAGAAGACUUACUACAUGCCAACUGUGGUGAAAAUACAAUGACUGGUGCCGAACUGCUCGAUUCGCUGGUGGAGCAACGGUGUGAAGACAAUCAUAUUUCUGGAACCGAUGAUCUCAAGAACACUAUUUAUUCCAUAUCAGACGAUUAUAACGACGACGAUGAUGUCCUUCUGGAACCUGAACCUGUUGCCGACAUUAUCUCGCGUCUAGGUGAAUCGUUAAGCACAUCGCCCAAGUGUUUAUCCUUUAACGAAGCUGGUGAAAUUGAAGGACUUACCGGAGAUUUGUUCGAUACCACCCACCAUUCGUUGCAGAUGGACGACAAUAUCCCGAAUCCGUUCUCCUCACAAAACCCCACGUUGGACGAAUUGUCUAUCACGAUAAAAGACCUCACGGACAGUAGUGAACAUGCCAAUUCCUAUUUCAAUGCUAGUGCCGAGAAGAGUAACAAAGAAUCCGAUACCCCCAUAGUGAUUUCACCAGACUCCUGUCAAGAAGAAUUACCAAAGGAUUUAAGCUGUCGAAAACGUAGUGAAAAGAGCACUGACUCUAUUGUGACCCUAUCUCCCUCCCCGCGACCAAUAUCCCACAGUUCCGAUGCCAUUCAAUCGCCGCAACCUAGCGGCCUUCCUGCUGUCCCUCCGUCUCCGGAUAUUUUUCUACAGCCCAAAUCAAUCUCCAAUGCAGUUAUCGAAAAUCUCAUCUCACAAGCCUCGGCAACAACUGCAAAACCUCGACCUGCGAAUCAGCAAAAGGAACCUCUUGAUCUUGGAAAAUGUCGAAAGUCUGCUAGUCCUACGGUCAGCUGUUCGGAGGAAGCCAAACGCCAAUCCUCCUCCGAGGAUGAACCUAAAUCAAAGCGGAUCAAAACCGAUCCGGAAAGUAACAAAUCAUCCACCUCGACGGGAUCCGGUUCAAGCGGCAUCGCGGAAAAUCCGAUCGCCACUGCCGUUGCUAGUGGAAGCGGUAGCAACAGGAGUACACCAUCCACUCAUACCAACGCGAGUGAAUCGACGCGUUUGGUUGAGAUGCUAACCUCCGGUAACGAUCCGGACGCUCUCACUCAGCUACGCUUACUGGUCAGUAAUCCAGCUUGGAAGGUACCUGAUCCACUACUUGUGCCAAAGGAUCGCCUCAACGCCGUUUUAGCGUCACCGGCCCGAGAGAUUCCACUUCUUCUCACAACCCGACCCGAGCUGCGGCUACCUGAAGCAUUCGCAUUUCCCAACAUUCUACAGGAUCCGGAUAUCCUGGUGAUUUCAUUAUCUCAACUUGAGAAAAUACUAGAAACACAAGACGAGCUCCUCAAGCUCAAAUCGAAGACCGACACCAGUAAAAAAGCGGCGCCAAGUCCGCUUGAAACAUUGAAGCAAACUCUCACUGCUCAAGCGGCCAAGCAGAAUCCCAUGAUGAGCUCACUGCUCGCUUCCGGGCUCGCCGGUGACAUCGAUGCUGCCACGGCGGCAGCAUUCAACCAGAUGCUCUGGCUACCCUACCUCGGCCAAAUGGGCCAAUUUGGACCGGAGCUCCUCAAGGCGAUGAUGAACAUUCCAAAUGCCAAUCCAAGUCUCUCCGAAAUGAUACCGUUCAUGAACCCUCGGCUACAAGAUCUCUGUGGAAUGACGUCCAACCCCGUAGACUACAAACGGCAACUGGAGUUCGCCAUGUGGCAAGACGCUCUCAACCAAGUGAACACUGCCAGUUUGCAGCGCAAACAGGACGCCCAGAAGAAGGCAGCAGUUACUAUCGAUCGCAAGCCUAUCAUUCCGCCAAAGACUUUGGAGCAGCAACGCUCCGUGGCAGCGGUCGCCGCCGCAGCCAGCAUGUUCCAACAGCAAAGCCAACAGAACAAAAAACCAAGCUCCGCAAUGAACUCCCUGAAUCCUCUCUCGAUACCUCAGUUCAUGACCCCAUCGAUGCCAAAUAACCGUUUUGCCAGCAACAGUCGAACCUCAACCAUGCAAUCUCCUUCCUCGCUGCAGCAGCAAUUGAAUCAUUCGGGAAUCAAAACCAUGCCAAACAUGAUGAGUCAGGCUGCAGCCGCCGCGGCCGCAGCCAAUGCGCAGAUGCGACAGCAGCAAACCCGGCCGCAACUUUCCACCGCUCAGAAGAGCAAACAAAACGUCAACUCCAUGUUCCCCAACAAUCCUUUCUUCAACCUUCCAACCUCCUUCCAAGAAUUCCACGAACAGCAGCAGCAACUCGCGCGUAAACUGCAGAAAGACCCCCAGGGUCACUCCCGAGAGCAGAUGCACCACCACCAAGAGGAGCAGAAACCUCGGGUGACCUGCAAAUCGCUAAUGAAUCUCCUUCAGCCGGAAAAGCAGCAACAGCUGCAGCAGAAGCAAACUGUCAACAGCAAGUUGGCCAAUCUGAUGGCACUGCCGGGAAUGGACCUGUACACAGCGUCCACUCAGCAAGAUCAGAUGCAACAGCAAAUGUUCUUGCAGCAGCAGCAACAACAACAACAGCAGCAAUUGCUUCAACAACAACAACAGCAGUUGCUUCAUCAGCAACAAGCACAACAUCACCAACAGCAGCAGCAGCAUCACCAGGGCAAACUGAAGGUCAAGCCCGGGUUGCACUUGCUCGAUCCGGCGGCCAUCCAGCGGCGGUUGCUGAACACCGACGAACUGCCCGAGGUGGGUAGCACCACCAGCGGGCUGGACGAUUCGACGGACCUUAGCUCUCCGCUGUGGCACCCGCUGUUCGGAAGCGCCCAAAAAGCAGCGGCAACGGCCACUGGAAGCACUAGUGCCAGCAGCAAUGCAAGCGCCGCAGGCUACAAUAGUCCAUGGCAAUGGACUACUAUCACCGCGUCCGGGGAAUGACAUUAUGGGGCUCGUAAAGAGCCCGCUGUUGCUGGAUCCCAAUCGCAGGCAACUCCUCAGAGUCAACAGCACCACCACCAACAACAACAACAUGCCAAUAGCAGCAGCAGCAGUAGCAGUAGCACCAAUAACAUCACUAACCAGCAACAGCAUUCGGUGAAUCAUUCACAGCAGCAGCAACAGCAACUUCAACAGGCACAGUUCCAGCAGGCCUUCGGAACUAGUAGCCUGUCGAACUUGCAGCAGCAGCAACAACAACUUCAACAACAACAACAGCAGCAAAAUCAAUCAUCCAUCCAUCACCAACAACAUCAGCACCUGCAACAACAUCACCAUCAACAAUCGCAGCAACAACAGCAGCAAAUGCAGCAAACUCAACAGCAACAGCAGCAACAUAAUGUUCCUUCCCACCAUCACGGCGGCCAUCAGCAUCUGUCGGCGCAGAACAGCAUGAUGGCAGCGGCCG